CUUGUAAGUAACGAAAUCUCAAGUAUCAUUUGGAUUACGACCUAACCAGAACCAAUAUGUUUAGAAAUCAAUAUGACGGAGAUGCGACUACAUGGAGCCCUCAAGGGAGACUUCAUCAGGUUGAAUAUGCUCUCGAAGCAAUAAAGCAAGGAUCAGCAACCGUGGGAGUUGUUUCCAAUACACACGCUGUUCUGGUUGCUUUAAAGAGAAAUGCUGAAGAACUUAGCAGCUACCAAAAGAAGUUGAUUCGUAUCGAUGAUCACUUAGGCAUUGCUAUUGCUGGCUUAGCCCCAGAUGCACGCGUAUUAAGCAAUUACAUGAAACAGGAAGCAAUGUCUUCAAAAACACUCUUCAGCCGCCCUAUUCCAGUCCGUCGUUUAUUGAAUCGUGUUGCCGAAAAGGCUCAGUUAAAUACUCAGCAAUAUGGUAGCAGACCUUAUGGCGUUGGCUUUUUAGUCAUAGGAUAUGACGAGUCUGGCCCUCAUUUGUUAGAGUUUCAACCUUCCGGCUUAGUACUUGAAUAUUUGGGUACAGGUUUGGGAUCUCGUUCUCAAUCCGCUCGUACCUAUUUAGAGCGUAACUCAAGUACCUUUGCUACCGCUUCUAGAGAAGAACUAAUUUUAUCUGCAUUAAGAGCUCUUCGCGAUACACUUACCAAAGAACAAGAGUUGACGGAAGACAAUGUUUCCAUUUCCGUUGUAGGAAAAGGCGAGAAAUAUACGCUUUAUGAUCAAGCCAAUACUAAGGAAUGGCUUGAAAAAUUGGGUGACCGUAGUCCAGCGGCUGCUCGCGCUACUAGAACAACCGAAGAGCCUUCUGCUCCUACUGCGGAAGCCAUCCUUGACUCUGCUGAUGCCAUGGAAACCGAGUAAAUGACAUGAUUAAAUUGCAAAUGUGUAGGGAGUGAAAGAGCUGUUUGAGCUAUGAUAAAUAUCAUUCAUAAAGUCAUAUAGAGUUUUGUUACCAAUGAAGAUGAUACUACCUAUAAUUCUGAACCUGGCUACUUAUGAACGUUGACAUAAGUAAAAUAUAUCCUAGAAUUGGUACAUGUUGUUUUAUUACAAGAAAAUAUGAACCCCACUUCAGUCUUUUCAUUCCAACUAUAGCUUAAUGUACAACAUAUAUAAGCACUAGAAGAUAAAACUGCUGCAUAUUUAAAGAAAUGUCAAUUUUCAUUUAGCCUUUAUUAUCUCUAAUUAAAAAAUCUCCG